CAUCGAAUGCGUGAACCCGAAGUGCAAGUUAUCAACAAGACUCGACGGACUUCAUCUUUUCUCAACACAUUUGACUCCGAUCGUUUUACGAUUGCUCGCUAAUAUUUUAAAAUCGACCUACAAUUAAAUAAUGAAUGACGAGGAACCAAAGAGAAAACGGUUUAAGCGAAAUAGUAUUCUCGACGGUUUCCGAAAACAACGACAAUUGUCUUUUGUCAGUCAAAGUGUGAAAGGAGUGAAGACUACGAAAUCCGAAGAUAAGCUGAAAACGAAAGUGCCGGACCAAGUUGAAGAUAACAACUCUGAAAAAGAGUUGUCAGAUUGUCAAACUAUCAAGGAAGUUCAAGUACAAGGCGUAGACGACAUGGAUGUGUCCCAACGAGAAAUACUCGCAAAUGCAGCUGAAGCAAGAAGAUCUGAUUCCACCGAUGUAGAGUCACAAGAAUUACAAAUGUUGACAACAAUGAAUAGAACACGUGUCUGUAAGGGAACGGAUAUAUCAGAGUUGAACACUACUCCAGGGUGUGCUGCACAGUUACCGACCCUAAAAGGAGACAAACAACAUAUAGUUCUAUUCCGGCCUCACCUACGUGAUGGUGACUCACCCAGACCGUGGCCAGAUACCUAUAGGGAUCACUGGGAUCCAGAUCAUGUUAAAAUGCCUUGUUCCAAAGAAAAUCUGUAUCCUGUAGAUGAUGGGAGUGGUCAAAAGAAACUGAGGGGUAGAUGGGAACUCAUACAAGAGACUCUUCUUGGAGAAAUAAAAAGUUCUCUUGACUUAGAAGAAGCCAUAUUGAAAUACAACAGUCGUUAUUCCAAUAGAUGGGACUUCAGAGGCUUACAUGGCUAUUUUACUGAAGUGAUUGAUGCUACAGAAGCUAUUCAUUUUUUUAACAAGACUUUACCAGAUCUGGUUAGACUAGCUUUGCAAUUGCCAAAUAUUUGUACACAGGCACUUCCUUUACUGAAGAAACAAGAGAACAUGAGUAUAACAAUGUCGCAACAACAGAUAGCGUGUUUGCUCGCCAACGCAUUCUUUUGUACAUUUCCAAGACGUAAUGCAAAACAGAGGCAAUCAGAGUAUGCCAGUUACCCAGAUAUUAAUUUUGUACAGUUAUUCAAAGGAGGAAGAAGUGGCGUUGAACCGAGAAAAGCUGAAAAAUUGAAAUGUAUUAUGAAUUAUUUUCAAAGAAUAACAACUGAGAUGCCCACAGGGACAGUAACUUUCUCACGGAGAGUUUUACAUGAUUUGCCACGGUGGGAUAAAUGUUCUGAAGAAUUACCACGGAUACAUACUACUUCAUGCGGUACAAUAGAAGAUGAUGGACUUGGCAUGUUACAGGUUGAUUUUGCCAACAAGUACAUUGGAGGUGGUGUAUUGGGAUGGGGGUGUGUCCAGGAAGAAAUUCGGUUUAUGAUCUGUCCAGAAAUGAUUAUAUCCAGGUUAUUUACUGAGUCUCUAGAUAAUAAUGAAUGUUUAGUCAUGACAGGUUGUGAGAGAUACAGUAACUACACAGGAUAUGGGGAUUCCUUUUUAUGGGAUGGUAACUUUAAAGACAACACAACAAGGGAUUCUUGGGGUAGGAUUUAUACAGAGGUAGUGGCAAUAGAUGCAAUACAUUUCAGCAACCCUAAAGACCAAUUUAAACCUGGUAUGGUUAAAAGAGAACUUGAUAAGGCUUAUGUUGGUUACUAUGGUGAUGAUGUAUUACCCAGACAUCUCUCUGCCAUAGCAACAGGUAAUUGGGGAUGUGGUGCAUUUCGUGGUGAUCCAAGACUGAAAGCACUUAUUCAACUGAUGGCAGCCGCUGUUGCCAAGCGAGAUCUGGUGUACUUUACAUUUAAUGAUGUAAAACUAGCAGAAGAUAUCUACAAUAUGCAUGAAUAUAUUAAAGCAGGAGGCCUGUCUGUUGGUGAGCUGUGGAGUGCAAUCAAAGAAUUUCAUGAACAUUUUUGUACCGGAAGGAAGAAGACUGCGCCCCUUACACUGUAUCAGUACAUACACAGACGGUAUAGUGAUUCUGACAGUUCAACUGGGGAAGACGAUGUCUCUACCACACCAUGGGAAAAAGAUAUUGCAUCACUGAUCAGCUGCUCUAGACCUGAAUUUGACUAUGUGUGUGAGACAGUAUCAAGACUGGCUCGAUUAUCAGCAACAGCAACAGCAACAUUGCCAUCUAAGCUGCUGACUUGUUUGCUAUGUACGUCUUCGAGAUCAUUACCUGAUUUGAACUAG